AUGGCUGUCGAAGAUGGGGACGGCCCUUUGGUGGGGUCGCUGGCGGUGGUCCAAAGACAGAAGUUGUUGCUUCAGAGCCUGUCGCAGCAAGAGAAGACUGUGCUUGAGGAGCUCUGCGAGUUCAACGAUGUCUCCGACGAGACGCUGCGCCUCAACGCGGAGACCAUCCACCGAAUCGAAAUGUUCAUGUUCAACUUUCCCCGGAUCCGCUGCCUCCAGCUCUUCCCCGCCCUAAAGUCCCUCGCGCUCAUGCAACAGACCUUCCACAGCAUAGAGGGCCUCGAGAGUUGCGUCCAUUUGGAGUCGCUCUGGCUAUGCGAAAACAAAAUCGAGCGCAUCGACGGGCUCGGAAAGUGUCUAAGACUACGGGAACUGUUUCUGCACAGCAACCAGAUUGAAAGGAUCGAGAACCUGGCCCACUUGACAGCGCUUGAGUCGCUUUGGCUCGCGAACAACAAGAUCGAGCGCAUUGAAGGCUUAGAGGACUUAACCAGGUUGCGCAACCUCAACCUGGCACGAAACCCAAUCUCAAGCGUUGGCGGUGUGUUUUCGAUUAACAAAGAGCUAGAAACGCUUAACCUCGCUGAUACCAAGGUCGGGUCGUUCAAGGAGAUUGCGCACUUGGCACGGCUCCCCAAGCUGAGGGAGCUUUACCUGUCGGACCCCCACUGGGGCCAAUCGCCUGUCUCUCAGCUGUGCAACUACCAGACUUACGCGUUAUUUGCGAUGGGAGGUUUAAGGGUUUUGGACGCGCUCGAGCUGAGCGACGACGCGAAGGGCGCGGCCGAGGCGACGUACAUGAAGAAGCGAAUGUACUAUAACAUGAAAAUCAAGACACUGCAGCGCAAGACGAGCAACGGGGUGAAGCUCGCGGCCGAGGGGAAGGCGGCGCAGGUCGGGCAAGCGCAGGCGGUGCUGGCCGCCCUGACCCGCCUCCAAAAGGACGUCGAGCAAGAAAUGGAGACAGCUCCUUCGGACAAGGCCCCGGACAGUCCACGUUUCAAAAAGCACCAAGCGGCCACCUCAGCCGUCAAUAUACUGGUCGCCAAAGUCGACGACAUCGAGCGGACGUUUGAGCGGUGCAAGAAGGAAGCGUACGAGCUGAGUGACGUGGCAGUGCGGCGGCUCAGAUUGGAACUAGAGACGGGGGGCAACACGCGGCUGGAGGACGGGAAGCCGUCCGACCUGUGGUUCUCCUCCUGUUCCGACCUCGUCACCUCCCGGUUCUUUCCCGCCGACUACUCUCGAUACGGCAUCACGGGCGUGCGAGUGACCGGCGUUACGCGGGUCCACAACCGGUCGCUCAGGAACCGCUUCGAAGCGACGUUGGAAGAGAAGGUCGAUACGAGCGACCCAAACUACAAGCGUGCGCUCGAGUACCUUUUUACCGGGAACGAGUUUUCGAACCCCGAGCACCUUCAGCUCAUCGCCGAAGACGGGUUUGACACCGAGGCGGUUACGCUAACCAACAGCCUGGGGCUCGCGGACCUGCCGCGCCUGCAGGCGUGCACGCGCGCUGACGUCAGCGACGGCCGGGGUGACGUCAGGGGGUCAGCCGAUAACCUAAAAAUGAAGCAGGGGCUCCAGCGCGCGCUGGCGGGUUUGACGGGGAGGCUGCUCGUCUCGAAGGUGUUUCUGGGGAAGACGCAGGCGGCGGGGGAAGAAGGUGGGUUAGGCGGUAACCCGAAAGGUAACCAAGUAAACGGAAAGGUGCAGAGUGGGGCGGUUUCGAACACAGCGCUGCGGCCGAGCUCCGGGGCGCCCCGGUCGGUCAAUCUCGAGCGGUUUAAGGACCGAUUAUCAAAUGGGUUAGUGAGCGGGUUAGACUACCCAGGGGCUGACUCAGUGUACGUUCCUGACCCAAGCGACGAAAAACAGUGCACGUGGGCGGUAUUCGACACUGCGUUAGUUCUCCCCGAGUACGUCGUCGAGUUUGAGUAUACGGUUGACCGGGGGAUGGGCGUUUUGGGUCAAGCCGUGGUUAAGGCCGGAAGGCCGUUUGUGUCCGAUCGCGAAGCUGCAAAGAUCGCCGCGAUACAUUCGGACGGUUUGGACCGGGUCGAUCCGGACGUCCGAGCGAUCUGCCGGCCGCUCGCACAUUUCCUGGCGGACGUCCGGUCGCCACGUGGCAGCCGCGCAUUGGCCAGGAACGGGGAGAGCUGCACGGACGGGGCCUAUCUGACCGUGCUCAACAUGGCGCCGCUGCUGACGUCACGCGCGCGCACUUUGGUCCUGACGGAGGACGCGCUGACGAAGCAGUGCAACGUGGCGGCCCCGUGGGCCGUCACGUGGCUCAAUCUACACAACAAUUCCAUUCGAAAGAUCGAAGCGCUGUCGGCCUUCGUCAACCUGCGGGUGUUGGUUCUGUCGUUUAAUAGCAUACAAAAGCUGGAGGGGUUAGACGGGUUAACCCAGCUCGAAAAGCUGGACGUUAGCUAUAACUAUGUGAAAAGGAUCGACGGGUUGAAGGGGUUGCACGCGUUGCGGACGCUGGACCUGGCGUCCAAUCAGAUCUACAAGUUGGACGACGUCAGCACGCUUAAGCGAAGCGUUCCGUCCCUCACCUCCCUUUCCCUGCGGAACAACCCGGUCACCGACUCGUGGGGGUACCAAGAAACCGUCCUUCGCAAACUGAAGCACCUCACGGCUCUAGACGGGAAGCCCAUAACCGGGCACUCAGUACACUCCCCCAAGGCAUUGCUCUGCGUAACUUCGGGCACAAUACGUGAGGCUUUGGCUGGGCGCCAGCAACCCAGGACGAGUUCGGCCCCCGGAAGGGGGGUAGAUUUGCCUGGAGAAACAUACGGGGGAGAGCGGAGAAGCUCGGAGGAUUGGCCUAGGGAAGGGAGGCUGCACGGGGGAUUUGGGGGGUUUGUUGGGUCUGGUGCGGAAAGGUUGACAGAGGCGGACGCGGCGGGGCCGGCCGCGGGGGCUCGGGACGGGGGGUUUGGCGAGGUUUUGGAGCUCGCGUUGGAGCAUCGACGGCUCAGGGGGUUGCAGGGCCUGGAGUCGCUGACGCAGCUGCGCCGGCUCAGCCUGCGCGACAACGAGCUCGCUGACGUGGACGUGCUGACGUCACUGGUCCUCUUGGAGGAUCUGAACCUGGAGGAGAACAGGAUCGUCAGGAUCGACGGCCUGGAGAACCUGACCGGGUUGCGAAAGCUGGAGCUAGGAAAGAACCGCGUCGCGUCCUGCGAGAAACUCAGAACGCUGACGGGGCUCUCGCAGCUGUCAAUCGAGGACAAUGAGAUCACCACUUUGCAACCUCUGGCGGGUCUGACGUCACUCAUGGAGCUGUACUGCGGCAACAACCGGGUGGCUGAGAUCAAGCAAGUGCUGCUUUUACGAGACCUUCCCAAGCUCAUCAUUCUGGACCUGUCCGGAAACCCGGUCUGUGCGGACGCUGAAUACCGGGGGUAUACCCUGUUCUCGCUGCGCAAGCUUAAGGUCUUGGACGGUCUGGGCGUGGACAACGGCGAGCAAGCGCAGGCGAUCGCCAAGUACACGGGUCGACUCACGCUGGAGAAGCUCGAGGAGAGGACGGGCCGAACCGCUUUUGACGGGGUCAAGAGUCUGGACCUGUCCGAUGCGAAGCUGCGCGACUGCGGGGCCGUCUUUUCAGGCGCCUCGUUUGCCGCGCUCACCGAGUUAGACCUCGACUCAAACGGACUCUCGGAUGUCUCCGGCCUGCGAUGUCUCCCGCGUCUAGUUGUUCUCCGCCUGACCAACAACAAGAUUGAUGACCGGCCGCUGGCCGAGGGCGCGCCGCCCACUGCGAACGGCCCGGAGGGAUCCCCCGGGGACAUUUUCGCCUCGCUGGAGGUGCUCCAUUUGGCCGGGAAUGCUAUCACCAGUAUUGCGGCGCUGAAGCUGCACCGGUUCGCGAAGCUGACGAUGGUCAUGCUCCAAGACAACGAGAUUGUGAAGAUCGACGGACUGGACAAGCUCUCGCGGCUGGAAAAGCUGGUUCUCGACCGCAACAAGAUCAAGGGCGCGGACGGCCCGUCGUUUGCGGACACCGUCCGGCUGCGCGAGCUGCGCUUGGAAGAGAACGCGCUGCGCUCGCUGGCGCACUUUGGGCCGCUCCGGGGGCUGCGGCACCUGUACCUGGGCGGAAACCGGAUCGCGGAACUGCCGGAACUGGAUAGACUCGCGGGGCUGUCCGGGCUGUCCAAAUUGAACCUGGUUAACAAUCAGAUCACGCGCCGCCAGCUGUACCGCGCGACCGCGAUCGCGCGCCUCCCAACCCUCCAAACCCUGGACGGCGUCCGCGUCAGCGACGAGGAGCGCGAGCAGGCCGCGGAGACGUUCAGCGGUCUGGCGGACGGAAUUCCGGCGGAACCCUCCACCAUGCCCGCGCUUGUGGGAGGCCCCGUAAACAAAGUCUCGCUCAAGGUCAACACCAUGCAACUGGAGUUUCAGGGUCCUACGGGGCCUCUGCAACCGCAGAGCGCCGGCCGCGCGCAGGACGCGACGCGGGUGUAUGACGUCAUCAAGGGUUUCGAGGCUUUGAGGCCGCCCGACCUGGCGCCAAAGCCCGAAGUCAGCGCCCGGGUUAAGGCGGACGUCCGCCGGGCGAGCAGUCUGCCGUUGGCGGCCGUCCGAAAGGUUGAGAUCGGGUAUAACAACCGGUUAGGUACGCCGUUAGGAAGGUCGUCUGUGGACGACUUUGCGAGGUUGAUCAACGGGAACGACAGUGAAAGGUUAGGUAUUGCGCCGGGGUUAAAAAAGCGGGUGGAAAUACCCGUCCGAAGAGCGUCCGAAUUCCCCGGGCGGAUGUUGGUCGUCCGGCCGCUGUCGCGCGAUAAGGCGCGGCCGCCGAGGAUGUCGACCGGAACCCCGACGAGAGAACCGCCGGCUAAAAAGGAUACCAGUGGGUUUGGGACGUUUCCCAAAGGGCUGUCGCUCAAAGAUUACUAUACCAGGUGAAAGUGUAAGUUAGUUAUACCAGGUUAGUAGUGGUUACCUUGUUACCACAAGGUAGGUGGUUUAGCUAGAUCUUUCAACUGAAGCAAUACGCGGGGUCAAAACGUAGGCCGGGGAGAUCAUGUGCAUUCAGUAAUGUAGUAGGUGUUACGGCGAGAGAUCAGAGCAUAAGAGGUGUCGAGCAUUGUGAAAAUGAGUGAAUAGGGGGUUCUUAUAACAAUCACGAGCGAUCAGAACUUAGGCAUCAAACGUCUCGGACUUGGUUCCGAGUUCCUAGGUAGCGAGCUCGCAUCGAAACGCCGUGAGCGGAGGUAAAGGAUCCGCACCCGGACAAAGGCGGGAUAAAUUGAUCGGCUGCCCGCUCGACAAUCAUAGAAGCCGACUUUCCUUUGUAUUUUGGCAUCAGCGACCUGAUCUUGUCACCCCU